AUGCCCUUGGAGCCAAAGACUCGGCUGAGCACCCAGGGCCGCCAGCAGAGCCGCGGGGAGGAUUUCAUUGUUGUAACUAUUGAAGAUGACAGUGAUGGAGGCAGCAAUGAUGAUCAUUAUGUGACAGCUGAAGCUUCUGACAGAGAAGUUACUCAGGACGCAUUUCUCACUGAUGACCUGGUGACCAUACAAACAGAUUUUCAAGACAGCAGUGGUAACAUUGAGGUUUCAUCCCAAGUGUCAAAUGAACAUGAAGGCUUAGUUCCAGAAAUGAACUGCACAGCAAAUUUAAAAAGAUAUGGCCCCAACUCAGUGGAAGAGGUGUUUAUCCCAUUGCACAAAAAAAGACGAUCAUCUACUCUGAGGGAGAAUGCUAUGGAAAAUUGUAACACAUCAUUAUUAGUGGAAACUCAGGAAGCCCACACCGGGGCCAAUCCUGCAGGAACAUCUCUUCAGUCAGCAGCAUGCCCUGAAUCGCAGCAGCCAGACCCCAGGGAGAAUCCAUCACUUCCCAGCAUUGUCUCUACACAUUCAUUAUGUCUGCAUCUCUCUGCACCAUCAGAUUCUUCCAACAAAGGUGCUGAAAAUGCCAAUGGUGUCAUCCGAUCUGCCCAAGCUACCACAACAGUACCUAUACCAGUUCUGCCACAAGUACAGCCCAGUCUGCCAAAUAACCCUGAUAUGAGGAAUUAUUCAGUUUUAGUGGAAAAGGAGAAUAUGGACCCACAUGUUACUUCAUUAUCUUUCUGCAAGCUUCCCAAUUUUGCAAUGCCAGAAAAAGCAGAAACCAUCCUUGAAAACAGCACCGAGACUAUGAAUUACCCAGCUUCAUUGGGAAAUCACAGUGGCCAGGAUACAGCCUCUUCAUCUCACUCCAUUCCUCCCAAUUUUGAUAAGCCAAAAGUAGCAGAAGCCAGCCUGGAAAACAACUCUGAGACAAGGAAUUAUCAAAAUUUUUUGGAAAAUGACAGUGGCCACUAUUCUUCCUCUUCGUCUGUCUACCCUCCUACUAAUUUUGAAGUUGAAAAGUUUAUAUUUAUAGAAAUUCCAGGACAAGAAGAAGGCAACUCUCAGACAAUGUAUUAUCCAGCUUUACUGGGAAAUAUGAGAGGCCCAGGUACUGCGACUUCAUCUCUUCCAGGCACUUCUAAUUUUGUACUUGAAAAAGUUAUACUGCUAGAAACGCGGGGAAAAGCAGCAGAAACCAGCCAAGAAAUGCCAGGAAACGCAGCAGAAACCAGCCAGGGAAACAACUCUCAGACAACUGUAUCGGGAAAUGACAGCGGCCAAGAUGCUGCCUCUUCAUCUGCCUCCAUUCCUCCCUAUUGUGCACUGGAAAAUGUUUUAUAUAUUGAAAUGUUGCUCAAAACAGAAUCCAGCCCAGAAAAGCAUUCUGAGACAGUGAAUUACCCCACUUCAGUAGAAAAUGCCAAUGGCCAAGAUAAUGAUUCAGCAUCUGUCUUCCUCACUCCCGUACUUUUACUUAUAAAAAUAUUGAUAAAAGCAGAAACCAGCAUGGAAAACAGCUCUGACACAAUUAAUUGCCCAACUUUCUUGAAAAAUGACAGUGGCCCAGAUUCUUCCUCAUCAUCUGUCUGUAUCCCUCCCAAUUAUGGAUAUCUUGGUGAUCCAAAAAGAAAUGUCACGAUGCUUAAUACUCAUUUGGCGACUGCACAACAGAAAGCCGCACCUAAGAAUGCAGCCCGCUACUUGGUUCGUAAUUUGUUCUCCAGGGAAAUCCUGAUGUGCAGCUCUGUGGGUGCCAAUUCACAAGGCCGCCAAUGCCUAGAUCCAAACAAAAUGGCUGCACUAAGAGAAUAUCUGGCAGGAAUUUUUCCCAACUAUGAUUUGAGUGAACUUGGAAAAGACUGGAAAGAGUGUAUGUCUUAUAUCAGGUCUCUGAUCCGCUAUGUAUGUUCUGAAACCAAAAGAACACAACAGAAAACUGUUGGCAAAAAUAAAGGCCCUACCGAGCCUGGUGCACCAGCGUCUGCAGAUUUGAAUGGUGAAGGGGGUAGUGUUGGCAGUGAAGGCAGUUCUUCGUUACCUCUGCAUACGAGCGCCUCGGACACAAGAGAAAAUGGGGCUUCUCAGCAGCCCAGUAAUGCUAUCCCUGAAGAAAUGAAAACACCUUCCACUGGUAACUCCAUAGCACCUCAAGAAGCACUGAACUAUUUUGGAAAUCCACAGAGAAAUAUACAGAUGCCAUAUUCAGUACUGAAUAUAGCAAAAAGGAAGACUCGCCCAGAGCUGUCAGCCAGAUACCUUAUUCGUAAGCUGUUCACUGAGGACGUCCUGGUCAAAAGUAACGUCUAUGGCAGUCUGAGGCAUGGCGUGAGUGCCCUUAACUCCAAUACUAUCAACGCUCUCCGAGAGUUUCUCCAAGACGUCUACCCGACUUAUGAUCUGGCAGAAACCGGGCGUGACUGGAAGUUGUGUGUGUCAGCAAUCAACAGCUGUAUCCGUAGCAUCAGAUAUGGCCGCGAGAACUCCCCAGCCGAAUCCCAGCAGCUUUCAGCAGCAACCCCUUCAGCAGAGUCAAAGCCAGAAGAUACUGCCUCAACUAACUGA